UUGCAGUUUAAUAGCUUUAGAUGUAUACCAUCUUGGAAAAUAUUGAAUAUUAGUAAGUAAUUAAUAAAUAAUUAAUUACAUUCGUUAUGUUUUGCGGUAAUUUCAAAGUAUGGUAGAAUUUCUUGUAGUUUUCCAACAUCGCGUGGAUAUAAUAAUGAGAUUCUCCUCAUAAGUCACACAAUAUGUCAGCAUUAAGAACACUGUGUGUGUACAUUCGGAUAUAUCUAGACAAGGUGAUAGACUUCCUCUUCUCCCUCUACUGGGAUGGGAAAAAGAAGAACAUACUCGACGUGGAGAAGGAGCACGCCUUCCUCGCAGACAGCGCUACGACACUGGCGAAGAAGAUUAAACAGAAGGAGUUGAAGUCAGAAGAACUGGUGCAGGCGGUUAUUGAUAGAAUUAAGCAGGUCAACCCUCAUAUAAACGCAAUAGCAGCAGAUCGAUACGACGAUGCGUUGAAGCAAGCGAGAGAAGUGGACAGGCUCAUAGCUGAAGGGUUGACGGAGGAUCUGUUGAACAAACCAUUCUUAGGUGUUCCAUACACGACUAAAGAGAGCCAGGCGCUGAAGGGCAUGCCGCUGACCCUGGGGCUGUGGUGUCGGCGCAACGAGCGCGCCGCCGAGGACAGCGAGGCGGUGCUGAGGUUGAACGCGGCCGGCGCCAUUGCUGUGGCCUGCACCAACUUGCCGGAGCUACUGAUCUGGCAGGAAACCCGCAAUCCGGUGUACGGUAUGACCAGUAACCCGCACCACACAGGCCGGUCUCCAGGCGGCUCUAGUGGCGCGGAGGCUGCCCUCACUGCUAGCUACGCGACACCCAUCAGCUUGUGUUCUGAUAUCGGAGGCUCAACUCGCAUGCCGGCCUUCUACUGCGGCGUGUUUGGCCAUCACCCUACAGCUGGAACUACCAAUACCAAAGGAUGUUUCUACCGGAACGGUGAUGAAGACAGCAUGUUCUGCCUCGGAUUCAUAUCGAAGCAUGUGGAGGACUUGGGCCCGUUGACCAAAAUCGUGGCCGGAGACAAGGCUGAUCUUAUGAAACUAGACGAUAAUGUAGAUAUUAAGAAUAUAAAAUUUUACUACGUGGAGACGAGCAAAGACUGCCACGUGAGUCCACUAAGACCUGAAAUGACAGAAGCUAUGCAAAGUGUGGUCACAAAGUUACAACAAGACUGCAAUACGAGCCCACAGAGCUACUACCACUUAGGGCUGGACCACAUGUACAAGCUGUGGAGCUACUGGAUGAGCAAGGAGCCGGGGAGCUAUGCUAGCAUGCUCACCAACGGAGCGGGCGAUGUCAACGGCUUCACAGAGCUGGUCAAGAAGAUGUUCGGACUCAGCAAGCAUUGCCUAUUUUGCAUUCUACGUGUUCUCGAGACGACGAUAUUUCCGAAACCUGAUGAAGAGUGGGCCGAGAGUCUUACUAAAAGUUUCAAGGAGGAUUUAUUUAGUAAACUGGGCGAUAACGGUGUGCUUUUGUUCCCGAGCGCCCCUCACGCUGCUCCGUACAACUAUUCCUGCUACCUGCGCCCCUACAACUUCGCCUACUGGUCGUUGAUCAAUGUACUCAAAUGCCCAGCUACACAGGUACCCCUCGGCAGAAAUAGUCAAGGCCUCCCGAUUGGCAUUCAAGUGGUAGCCGCCCCUUAUAAUGAUGCACUCUGCUUGGCAGUCGCUAAAUACCUCGAAAAAGAGUUUGGUGGAGCCGUAACGGCCUGUAAAGUGAAGCAAUAAAUUACAUUACAAUAUUA